AUGGAACCCACGCAGCCGACGCAAACGCAGCCGACGCAGAAAUCGUCCACUUCCCAGGUGGACCAGAUCCAGGACCCAAACCAUAUCUGUCGUUUGAUCUGCACCACGGGCCAGUAUCAGUUCUUUGAUCUAAAUCGUAGUAAACCCACCAAAACGCAAGAUGCCAACAAUCGGAAAACGUGGCUCCUUGGCCGUAACUCCGACUGUGACUUUGUGUUGAGCACAUCCACGCGUCUUUCCAAUAAGCAUUUCAGACUAUGGUUUAGUCUCAACGACAAUACAAUGUGGAUUCAGGAUACAUCCACCAACGGCACAUUCUUGAACGGGAGCCGGAUUGUUAAAGGUUCAAACUAUAUCAUCAACCAGGGAGACGAGAUCUCUGUCGGCGAGGGAGUUGCGUCCGAUGUCAUUCGCUUUGUAGUACUCUUUUCUGACAAAUACAAUCCCUCCGAGCCAAAUAAGGACGCUGUGCUGAAGGACGAGGGCAUAUAUAAGGAUUUCAUAGUGAAAAACGAGACAAUUGGUCAAGGUGCGUUUGCCACCGUGAAGAAGGCCAUCGAGCGCUCCACUGGCGACUCCUACGCUGUCAAAAUCAUCAAUCGGCGCCGUGCAAUCCAUGCGGGAGGAAAAGGCGCCAUGGCCGGCGUCAAUCGCGAGCUCCAGAUUCUUCGGAAACUUGAUCAUCCAAAUAUUGUCCGUCUCAAGUCCUUUUACGAAGAUGUGGAGAACUACUACUUGGUGAUGGAACUUGUUCCUGGAGGAGAUUUGAUGGACUUUGUGGCUGCAAACGGCGCCAUUGGUGAGGACGCAACUCAAGUCAUCACGAAACAGAUUUUAGAUGGCAUUGCGUACGUCCACAAACUAGGAAUCUCCCAUAGAGACUUAAAACCAGACAACAUUCUAAUCAAACAGGAUGAUCCAAUUAUAGUGAAGAUCACAGACUUUGGGCUAGCGAAAAUUAGUGACAAUGCUACCUUCAUGAAGACUUUCUGUGGAACUUUGGCUUACGUUGCGCCGGAAAUUAUCACUGGCAAACAGGAACUGACGCAGCAACCGGUAGAUCCCGCAAACAAUUACAGUAAUUUGGUCGACAUCUGGUCGCUCGGAUGUCUUGUGUAUGUCCUUCUUACUUCUCAUCUUCCCUUCAAUGGUAAGACUCAGACGCAGAUGUUCCAGAAGAUCAAGUCCGGUGAGUACCAUGAAUCGCCUCUUAACUCAUAUAAAAUUUCUGCUGAAGGUCGGGACUUUUUGAGGUGUUGCUUGCAAGUUGAUCCACGGAAUCGACUCACCGCUAAACAAGCUCUCAGACAUCUGUGGCUCUCUGGAGUAGAGGGCAACACCCAAGAUAGCCAGUCACAACCUUCGCAAAAGAUAUUGAGUUUAUCUCAAUCUACUUCGCAACAGCUGCGCAAGAUCGAAAACGGACUUCAUGUCAAUGCAUCGAUUAGCAAAUUGGAUAACGAUAUCAUGACCAGGCCGCUCGAUGGAGACCGACUCAAGGCCAAAAAGAACCCCAACUCACAAUUCAAAGUGCCUAAACGAGUCAUCCCACUACCACAAUCGCAACCGCUUCAAGAACAGCCUCUCAAUAAUCUUCAAGUCCCACGAACACAAAACGGGGCCCCGGUCAACAAAUUGAAGCGCGAACACUCAUUGGAAUUUAUUGAUGAAGAUGCAAAACGUGUGAGAUUCCAAUCAAAACUGUCUGUGUUCCCAGAACUGCCUAGAAGUACGUUUAUUACGUUGGUUCCUUUGCAAGAAUCGAUUAUGAAGUCGCCUAUCUACAUUGGUCAAGGAAUAAACCCAUUUACUCUUGGCCGUGAGGGAAACUUGAACAUCUGUAUCAACGAUGACCGUUUGUCCAGAAUGCAUUGUCUUUUCACGCGCAAGCGUCAUCCCGUUGGCGAGGCUUCCAUAUAUGAAAGUCCUGCCCACGGAUUGGAGGAUAUCUGGUUUAUGGAUUUCAGUACCAAUUCCUGUUACGUUAACAGCGUCCGGGUUGGAAAACAUAGAAAGACCCAAAUUUUUUCGGGCGACAGAGUAGACCUUAUAGUUGAUAGGCCUUCAAAACAGGUCAUGGCUUUCCUGGUCCGCAUUGAUGAUACCACGGGCCUCUUCAACGGAGGAGAAAGGCUUCCAGAUCAGCACUCGUUGGUUAACGUCGUGAAAUUCGAUACUAAUGACUUCAAGUUCCAUCCUCUGUCACAGGUCCUGGCGCUGUCCUCUGUCAGACGAAGUGUCAUUGCAAAACCAGUUGUUGCAAGUUCUGAACAAACGCCGGAGCCUGCUUUGAAGUCUGAACCAAUCAACUCAGGAGCUAAAGAAUCUGAGCAUGUUAAAUCUGAGCAUAUAAAAUCUGAGAGUGUCAAAUCAGAUUUGUCCAAUUCAAACUUCACGGUUGAAAAGCCAGAGUUGAAAACUGAACCCGCAACCGAAUUGUCAAAAUCUGAGCCUAUUGAUUCCACCAAGUCUAAAACAAGUACGCCCAUCAAGUCUGAGCCCACUGUUUUUCUCAAAUCUGAGUCUUCUAAGGCAAAAAGUUCUGACGGUAAUAAGUCUGAUCCCGCAGAGUUCGAUUCACCGCUUAAGUUUGAAAAUCCACCACUGAAGCUUGAAGAAAAGGCGGUUGAUCAUAAUGGGAUCGAUUUGAAAUCCGAAAAAGACGUUAAACCCAUAACCUCUCAUGGAGCUGCACAGUCUGUGAGUGAGUCCGACCUCAAUCGCAUCGCAUUGACCAAAAGAGCCCAGCUUCAUAGCGGGCAGGAAAGACCUUCUAAUUCUUGGUGUUGA